GGCGGGGCGGAGAACAUGGCGCUGCCCCCGGCCGCCGCGCCCCCCGCCAGGGCCCGGGAGCCUCCGGGACCCCGCGUCGCCGCCGCCGCCUCCGAGGCGCCGCUGGGCUUGCAGCAGGCGCGAGCGCUGCGCCCCGAGCCGGGCGGGGUCCCGCUGCACUCGCCCUGGACCUUCUGGCUCGACAGGUCGCUUCCUGGUGCCACGGCAGCUGAGUGUGCCUCAAACCUGAAGAAAAUCUACACAGUGCAAACAGUGCAGAUAUUCUGGAGUGUGUACAAUAAUAUCCCUCCUGUGACUAGCCUGCCUUUGAGAUGUAGCUACCAUUUAAUGAGAGGAGAGAGGCGACCACUUUGGGAAGAGGAGAGUAAUGCGAAGGGUGGUGUAUGGAAGAUGAAAGUCCCCAAGGACAGCACGUCCACAGUUUGGAAAGAGCUGUUGUUAGCAAGUAUCGGGGAGCAGUUCACAGACUGUGCCGCAGCAGAUGACGAAGUGAUAGGAGUCAGUGUCAGUGUUCGCGACCGUGAGGACGUCAUCCAAGUCUGGAAUGUAAAUGCCUCAUUAGUGGGCGAAGCGACUGUUUUAGAAAAGAUCUAUGAACUUCUGCCCCACAUAUCUUUUAAAGCUGUAUUUUAUAAACCCCAUGAAGAGCAUCAUGCUUUUGAAGGUGGACGUGGAAAACACUAAUUGCACUCUGUAAAGAAUUCUUUGUCCUUUGCUGAUUGGUUUUGGAAACGGUCUUAACAGGAGGGAGAGUGAAGAGAAGACUUGCCGAAGCCUGGUGCUGGUCCAUUUAGAGUGGGUUUCUGUGCGUGCAGAUUGGGCAAUUAGGACUCAAAGUAGCAGGUGGGGUAGGGGGGUGGUUAUAUGGGGCUCUAACGUCAUAUUACCUGCUUUUUAAAAUAUACAUAUAUUUUUUUAGAUUUCUAAAUUCUCUGUUCUAUUCACACAGAUUUUUUCCCUUUAAAACUCCUUAUUCAGGCUAAUUAUUGUUUUCUACACUCCCCUUUCAUGGAAGCACAAGAACUUGGUUUCCCUUUCAGUAGCUCUGCUGCACCUACUUAAUGAGAAUGUGCAUAAUCAUGACAAUCCAGCUUUUGAAACCACACUGUACCAGGAGGAAUAUGAGCUUGGUGAAACCUGUCUUCUGGUUAUUUGUUGUGACACAUUUCUGUGUGCUGUGAGCUGGGCAUUGUUUUUUCUGUCCCAGGGAAAAGGAAAACCAUAUUUAACCUGAUUUUGUACUGACAGUCUACAUAUCUUAUUAUUUUUUCCUUUCCAAAAUAAUUUUUAAUGAUGAAAGGAAAAUAAUAUUUCGUUCAGCUAACAAAAUAUAAUCACACUUUAGUAUCAGGAUCAAACUCUUCAGUCUUUGUAACCUCUGUAGAAGAAAUGUUUUAGCAGACUCUAGAUUUGCCCUUCUCAGAGCAAAUCUCAGAGUAGCAGCAAGGGAUUUCUUUGAAUAGAAAAAAUUGAUAUUUCUGAUUUAAAUAGGGGGUGCUAUUUUUUAAUUAUUUGAAUUAAACUUUCAAAGUUUGGAUGUGCUUACCUACUUAGAACUUUCCAAAUCAACUCUAACCCACUUUGUUAAAUAAUCCCUCUGUCCUUCUCUUAUUAUGUCAUUUCUGAUAAUCAAUGACCCCUCCAACCUGGGCAGCUUUCCCUUCCAUUUCAUGUAGGAGCAGAAAGUCAAUGCUGUUUGUGGGAUGCAUGUGAGCAUUCACAGAGUUAAAACCUGGAAUACCUCCUGUCCAUAGUCAUUGUUGGAGUUGUCUGUAUGCAUAGUGUUACACUGCCAAAGAAAUCCUGGUUUUAGUGGAAGGAAAUGGCCACUCUCUGGAACUCGAAGACCACUCAGAAUACACCAGGCCCCUCUCUUGACUCUGCCAACCUUCUGGGUACUUUUACCUGAGAAGGAGCAAAGCUAUUGUAGAUGACCUUCCUGUUGGCUUAGUUUUGAGUCACUGGGAUUUGUGUGCACUACACAUUUCUCAAAAGUGUGAUGGAUGCAUUUAGAGUAUCACUACUCCCAAGAUUUUUAAGUCCUCUUGCAAUAUUGACCACUAGAAAGAGGCAGGGCUACUCUAUUUAUUUGUAAAUAAAGUUCUCCUUUCAUACCUUAUAAAUGACUUCCAACAAAAUCUACUUUAAAUAGUUGUGCCCUUUCAUUGAAUUGUUAACCAUAUCAACAACAACAACAAUAAUAAUAAUAAUAAAAAUUUUAAAAACUACUUUUUAAAAAACGAGUUUUUUCAGCAAUUUCAAAAUGAAUUCUAAGGAUACAGAGUCCCUUUUGCAACAAUGUACAUUUCUUUAAACAUUCAACUUGUUUUGAAAUUUUUUCUCAAGGAAAAUUAUUCUGGACAGGAAUUCAAAAUUUUUGUAAUAUAAAUAUUUUUCUGGUAGAUUAGAACAAAGGAUAUAAUUGACUUCAUAGUAAUUGUCAUAUAUAUUUCCAUAAUUAAAUGAAUUUUGAGGAAUUUUUAUUUUUGAACAUUAAAGCAUUUGUGAUGACGUGUUCAACUUUUGCAUGUAUGAAGCCUUUGAAGUAAAAAUAAAAUGAAAUAAAUAGGAAUAUUAGGCUCAUGUUAAUGCUUUCUAGUUUCUAUUGUUUAUGAUUAUGGAACCUGACAAGCUCACACAGUAGAUUUUUGUCCCAGCAAACUUCUGCAACUAUUUUUGACCCUUUGGAAAAUACCAGCUGUGAGGAGGAUUUAAUUUGCCUCAUGUCAAGAAUCUAUCAUCUAAAUUGCUUCAAGAGUAGAUUUUGUCAGAUUUUGCUUUGAAAAUUGUUUUAAUUGAAUAUUUAGUCAUAACAGACUUUGUGUGAACUAAGCUGAUUUAAUCAGUUUUAAAACCUCUCAUUACCUUCUUAGAUUAAAGAAGCUAAUACUCUUUGAGAUAGGAGGAAAUCUUUUGAGGGGCAUGUGACUAUUAGGGAGGUCCACCCCUCAUGGCCAGUGCUGGGAAAAGUGGAAACUUCCUGUGAAAUCCAGGUCCUUCCGGCCAAAUCCUUCCCAGGCAGCCUCGUGUUCUCCACAAAGAGCCAUACAGAAACCGAAGAGCUCACUCUCAUCUUAUAAUUCCUCAGGGUCUAUGAGGCACAUCCAGGAAAUCUGACUGAGAUAAUAUGUGUCUUUCCUCCCAUUACUCCCUGAUUUCUGUAUCGCAAGUGCUGGCUUACAUCGGGAAAGUUUCACCCAUUAAAGAAGAGGAAUAAUACCCCUUACAGCAUGUCCAUGAAGCCUGUCCAUUUUCUUUUGUAAGCAUUUUCUGAGGGGUUAAAGUACACAAUUUUAAGAUUCUCUCUUUCACUUUUACUUUCCCUCAUUUUUGAAAUGACAUUAUAGUUCAUAGCAGAUGUGUACAUUUAAUAUAAUGUUCCAGUUACAUUCAUGGUAUAGUUGAUAGAGAAAAAAACAUCAACAAGAAAACAUGACCCAAUAAACUGUAAGGUCCAGUUCCCUGCCCACCUUGCCCUGUUCUCAACUUUAGCUGGUGUCUACACUGCACAGGAUUACAUACUUUAUGGUUGAAAAAAUUUUAGACAUAUUUGGGUUCAGUAAACACAGUAUGCACCCCCUCACAACUAAGCCUUGACUGAAUUUGUCCCUUUUUGAGGGACAUAGGGCUAGCAAGCAACGUGGCUGGGCAUUGGUCUAUGAGCUACAUCCUAGUUCCGGUUUCCCUAUCAGGAAAAUCCUCACAUCUGCCAACCUAACCUCACCAACACAUCACCCUUGUCAGCACUCCACAUCUGCUCCAAUCCUGGUCUCAGAUGUGGUCGCAUUAUCGGACCUCUCCUGUAACCAGAUCCUUGUUCUCUGCUGCUUACUCUCAGGGACUGAAGUGGUGUUAGGUCUGAGGUCUAGAAAUAACCGUAGUGCUGGAAGUGGGCAUUGCAGUCUGGUACCCCUCUCCUGGAGGAGCCCAACUUCUGUACAGACACAGAUGUGACAACAUUCUCAGUGAGCACAUGGGGGCGCUGCCUUCCAGGCAACAGUUCUGGAGCAGCAGCGGAAUUUAUCCAGCUAUGUUUGUGGAAUUAAGAUCCUCUCACAUUUUUCUCUGAGGAGUUUAUCACAACUUGAUUAGAAAGUGUAAGUAUUAUACUUAGUGAUAGGCAUUCAGCACUCAUACACCUAAUAAAGUUUAUCAAAGGUAGAAGUCUUCCAAUAUGCUUUAAACAACUUCAAAUCCUAGGAUCUCAUUGUCUCUAUAAGCAGUGGUGAACACAAAGAAUAAAACAAACAUACAUAAAGGAGAUAUGAAAAAUGUUUUACCAAGUGGUUUGCCAAAGGUAACAAAUUAGGGUUUGAUAUUUUUCUUUUUAGCUUUCUGAAUAAAACCUCUUUAAAAAUAUAAAUCUACUCUUUACCUUAUGUUGUACCUACAUGAUUUCACUCAUUAUAAAUCAAAGUAGAGGACUGCCUGUAUACUACUUAUUAAUAUAUUGAGCUCAAUUAUAAUUCAGAGUUUGGCAGCUCAGGACAGUGAAGAGCCUAGAUUCUUAGCUGAACAUCCAGGAGGAGUAGAGGGUGAAGAGGAAAAAGACCAGAAGUGAAGUGCAGAGAAAAGUCUUUGGGAACCUACGCUCCUGUGUAGCAAUUAGAUGAUCUCCCCCCACCAUUUCCUUCGAAAAAAGAAAUGCCAAAAUAGAUUUCUUACCCAUCUGAUUGGACUCUUCUGGGUUUAUUAUUAUUUUUUAUAUAUGCACCAAGAUCUAAGAAGGCUUCUUAUUUAGUUAACUCAUUAAUGCCCCCAAAUCACCAUGUCUUAUGGUGCUGACCUUACUUAGUUUUUAGAAGGAAAGUGAGAAACUUAGAAUAUGAGAGUGGAAGGGACAUUUGAGAUCAUCUACCAGGGCUUCUUGCCCCUUAACAUUCAGAGCAAUUACUGGGGUGCUUACUUACCACACAUAUUUCUCCACCUCCCCUAGACCUGAGAGGCCUGAGUAUUUGCAGUGUCAGCCAGCUCCUUAGUGACUAGUGUCAGGGGGCUUUGGAUCUCACUGAGAAUCCUUGAUUUUAUCCAACCCCUGCACAACAGCUGAGGAAAUCCCCUCACCUCUAAGCGCUGUCAGAUACACUGAUCUGAAUGUAUAGCACUAACAAUCUUAGGAAAGCUAGAGAGGACUGCCUGUAUACUACUAGCUUUCCUAAGACAGAAAAUAACUAUCAUGAAGACUUCAUAAAUGAUGCUCAUAAAUAAGUUGAUAGUUAGGACCAUAGCAAUCAUAAGUAGCCCACCUCAGGAGUCUAUAAUGUACUCUUUAAUAUAGAGUUGUGGCUUUUCCUUUUUAUAAAUAUCAUUUCAGCCAGUUAAGAGAAAAGAAAUUAAUGUUCAGAAAAAGCAGCUACUCCAUAUGUGCAGUAACUACUUUUCUAUAAUGUCUUAUGGCAUCUGGGGUUCAGCACCAUUGAGCAAGAUUAAAUGAAUGCUACAGAGCUAUAAAGUUGCAUGUAGAAUAAUGCAAAGCUGUUCAGAUGACUAUCAAAGUAGUCUGGGAAUGAAUUUCCAUUGAAAUUAAUUGUCACCUUCUAAAUGUAGCUUAGCAAAGCUGUUACGAGAGGGACAUUUUUAAUACACAGAAGUGUCAAAAAUAAAAUAAUUAUUCCCCAAACCAUGUGAAUGAUAAGCAGAAACCAUUGUAAAGUCAAUAUUUUUUUGUUCAUCAUUGCUACCGAAACUUAAAGUCCCAUUGUAUAUGUGUGUGUUGAAUGUGCCUUACUAGAAUAUCCAAUAACCCAGCCUUUGGAUAUUCUAUGCUCUGUGUCCUUCAGAAAUCAUGGGAUUGCAGGAAUUUGUGUUAAAUGUUUUUGGUUGACUGUGCCUGAAAAAUGUUGUCAAACCAUUCAAUGAAAUGCAAGACUUCCAUUUUUCACUUCUGA